CCAACUCCACUUUUGUCCCCCUUCUCUCUCACACACACUCACACCUUCCGGUGCGUUUUUCAAACCUUCCGUUUCCUUCUCUUCAGAGUUCAGACACGCAGAGCGAGAAAGAAGGACCUGAGUUUCCACUUUCCAUUGGUAAUGGCGGACCAUUUUGCUCACGCUUCUUCACUGAAAUUCCUGUCUGAUUCCUUCCCCCUUUAGAUACUCUCCGAUCGCCUGGUCAACCGCCAUGGAAGUUAUUUGACUUUGGUUGCCUCAUUUUUCAUCCUUGUUGUACGGAUAGUGCGGUAGACGCUGCAGAAAUUGUGCGGGAAAGUUCAUGCGCAUAGAUGGAUUUUGGAGAAGGUGUGGGGGAGAGCUCGUCGCCGCCUCGGAGCGUCGGUAGCUCCGGUGGCGGAGGAGGAGGAGCUUACGACAUAAGGAACGAAGUGUACAACCGGCUGUUGGAUAGUGGGAAUGAGGAGGUGAUUAGAAAUCCGGAAUUGCUCAGGGAGCAGUUGGAAGCUCACUUCAUUCGCUUGCCUUCCAGUUAUGGGCUGGAUAUUAAUAUGGAUAGAGUGGAAGAUGUGUUAUUGCAUCAAAAGCUUCUCACACAAGCCAAGGAUCCUGAUAAGCGGCCUGCUUACCAUGUCCGCUUUCUAGAGAAUUUUUGGACUAGAGUCGAUGAAACUGAAGAUCAAGACAUUUUAAAAUUUUCUUCCAUGUCAAAGCCGCAUUUCAAUGUAAACGAUGCUGAAGGGAUCUUGCAUUCUGAUAGAAGACACAGGACUAGUGUGAAUGACUUUGAAGCCUGCUCUAAGCUUGAGGAUCUAAAUUUGGAUGUUAGAAAGAAAUUCAAUGGCACAAGGGUGGGAAGUCCUGAAGAAAAUAUUAACAGAAGGGAGGUGGUUUCAUGUAUUUCAAUCCAUGAAGUAAUAUUUUCUACCAUUGACAAGCCCAAGCUUCUUAGCCAGCUUUCUGCUUUGCUCUCUGACAUAGGACUUAACAUCCGUGAAGCUCAUGUAUUCUCCACAACUGAUGGCUACUCGUUAGAUGUAUUUGUGGUGGAUGGAUGGCCUGUUGAGGAUCCAAAGGGGAUGCUUGAAGAAUUGGAAAAGGCAAUUGCUAGAAGUGAGGGGUCAUGGUCUGGUUCUUCACAUUCUCAGUCAUCAGUGGAAAAAGCUAUUUCUGCACAAGCAAAAUUUGAAGAUUGGGAAAUUGACAGAAGAUUACUGAAGAUAGGGAAAAAGAUUGCAUCAGGAUCUUGUGGUGAUCUGUAUCAUGGUGUAUAUCUUGGUCUUGAUGUUGCGGUGAAGGUCCUUAGAUCUGAGCAUUUAAAUGACUCUUUGGAGGAUGAGUUUGCUCAAGAAGUUGCUAUUUUAAGGCAGGUCCAACAUAAAAAUGUCGUACGCUUCAUUGGUGCCUGCUCAAAACCACCUCUGUUGUGCAUUGUCACAGAAUACAUGCCUGGUGGAAGCUUGUAUGAUUAUUUGCAUCGGAACCAUAAUACUUUGAAGCUCUCACAACUAUUGAGAUUUGCAAUUGAUGUUUGCAAAGGAAUGGAAUAUUUGCAUCAAAACAAUAUAAUCCAUAGAGAUCUGAAAACUGCAAAUUUACUUAUGGAUGUAGACAAGGUUGUAAAAGUGGCAGAUUUUGGUGUUGCUCGGUUCCAGAGUAAAGGGGGUGUCAUGACAGCUGAGACUGGAACAUACAGAUGGAUGGCCCCUGAGGUGAUAAAUCAUCAACCGUAUGACCAGAAAGCAGAUGUAUUCAGUUUCGCAAUUGUUCUUUGGGAACUUGCAACAGCCAAGGUCCCAUAUGACACCAUGACCCCUUUACAAGCUGCACUCGGUGUGAGACAGGGUCUUCGACCAGAACUUCCUACUGAUUCACACCCAAAGCUGGUUGAGUUGAUGCAGAGAAGUUGGGAAGCAGCUCCUAGUGAGCGACCCUCGUUCUCUGAUAUAAGACCACAACUUGAGGAGCUCCUAAAGGAUGUUAAUGUUGAGGAGGAGCAGGAUGCCACUGAACUUGAAGCACCAAAUGGAAGCUGAAUAGAAGAAUACUCUCAAUCUAAUAUAUAUAAUUAUAUAUAUAUGUUUUGACAUUUACCACUUUUACACGUUUUAGAAUUUUGAAAUGAUCAUAGUAUAGUAGAGGUAAAUAUCUAACAUCACACGAUUGAAUGCUAGGGUUUUUGUUUCUCCAUACCCCACCCCCAGUCCCAGUUACUUUAACAUCUUUGUAAAGGAUUUUCUUUGUUUUUGAUGCAGCCAGCUGAUAGGUAUGUUGUUGAUGCUUACUUUUAUAUCUGUGUUUUUCUCCCCAGUGUAUCAGUUAUUAGUGAAAUUCAGCUUCAUGACUUCAUCCCACUUGACACUUCCCCAUGGUUUAAUAUAGUAUUUAAUUAAGUGAAUUAA